UCGAAGGAAUCUCAACUUUACCACCAACUCCAAUCAACCGAACUUGUAACGGCUAACCGCUUAAACAGUUUCAAAAAACACAGUUUUCAACCUAUUUUCGUGCGAUCUUCAGUUUCACGUUCAGUCAGUUGUCAAUCAUUUAGUCAAUUUUUAGGAGCAAAAAGCGUGCCAUACAUUUGUGCGCUUUCAUUGGCCCACAUUCCGAACUUAAUUGAAAAACUUUUUGGAGCACUUUUGCCUGGAAUCUCGGGAAUUGUGAAAAUUAUAAAUUCAGUUUAAUCAGUGGUCGCAUUCAAAGGAAAUUCUUUUCCCAGACUCAGACAGUUGAUAUAUUUAAGUUGAUUUUUGGCUUAAAACCAAAAAGCGGUCCAGUGAACGCGUGUUAAUAUUGAUCACAGUUUCUCAUCAACGCAAGGCAAGCGCUAUAAGUAGAAAUGUUUCAUUUGAAGCCCCAACUGAGUCAAGGCUGUGCCCUGGCCCUCAUAAUCCUGGUGGCUCUCCAGAUGCAGCAGCCCGCCCAGGCGGAGCUGUCCCCAGUUCAAGGCACUCCGCUGAGCAAUCUAUAUGAUAAUCUGCUGCAGCGUGAAUACGCCGGUCCCGUGGUCUUUCCCAAUCACCAGGUGGAACGCAAGGCCCAACGUUCGCCCUCAUUGCGCCUCCGGUUUGGACGCAGUGAUCCGGACAUGCUGAACAACAUUGUGGAGAAGCGUUGGUUCGGCGAUGUCAACCAGAAGCCCAUCAGGUCGCCCUCGCUGCGCCUGCGAUUCGGCAGGCGGGAUCCCAACUUGCCCCAGAUGCGUCGCACCGCCUACGAUGACCUGCUGGAGCGGGAGCUGACCCUCAAUAGCCAGCAGCAGCAGCAGUUGGGUUCCGAGGGCGACUCCGAUCUGGGCGCCGACUACGAUGGCCUCUACGAGCGGGUGGUGCGAAAGCCACAGCGUCUUCGCUGGGGACGCAGUGUGCCCCAGUUCGAGGCAAACAGUGCCGACAAUGAACAGCUGGAACGCUCGCAGUUGUACAACUCUCUGUUGAACUCGCAGAAAAUGCGCCGCAUGCUCAUGGCCCUGCAGCAGUACGAAUCGCCCGAGAAUGUGGCCAGUUAUGCCAACGAUGAGGAUACCGAUGCGGAUCUGGAGGAGAACACAUCCGAGUUCCAGCGAGAGGCCCGUAAGCCGAUGCGUUUGCGAUGGGGCCGAAGCACUGGCAAAGCUCCCUCUCAACAGAAGCACACUCCGGAGGAAACUUCAUCGGUCCCGCCCAAGACACAGAACUAAAUUAUUGAAUAUAGCCAUGUGAAGGAACUGCAGGAGAAUGGAAACAAUUAAAAGAAAUCGGAAGCAAGCUACACGGUCAAUAUCCAAUGCCAAAAAAGAUACAGAAACAUAUUAAACCCAAGUCAGAUAAAGUUUUUGAAAGCAUUUUUGAGAGGCGCAGGAAGAAAUGGGCUAUGAAAUACAUACUAAUGAACAUAUAUCUUAUAUAUAUACACAUAUGGUUAACUAUUUAUGUGUAACUUUUGGUUUUGGGCAACUUAAAAAUAAAACCAAAACUUACAUAAAUAUUUUUUCCGUUAACUUUAACAAUGCGCAGGUAAUACAAGGUAAAACAACAAUAUCGACUACAAGUAAAUUGAAGUAUUUGUUAAUUUUCAGUAACUUCAUUUUGAGUUUCAAUUGAACAAAAAGUUUCAAAAUAUUUCCAAUUAUUUAAUUAUGUUUAAUAAGUUAAAAAGUUUGGAGUAUGUAUCAGCAUCAACUCAUCAAAAUUGUAUGGCCUCUUUAUUCCUAAUAUGCUCAAUUAAACAACUUUAAAAUUAUUCGAUGCCCCCAAAAACUUUUAGACUCAAUGUAUAUACAAAAAAAAAUUAUGAAACCUUUUAAAAUAGCGCAAAUUUGUUAGAAUAACACUUAAACUCUAUACAAAAAACAUUAUUCUAUUAAUGAAAAACUUCUUGAUUUCUAAACUUGUAAGCGAAUUUCGAUUUAAUGUUACGAUGGAAGUGUUUGAAAAACAUAGAGGCCCCCGAAAGCUGUAUUACGGUAACACUUGUUAUAUUAUGUGUGCUACAAAUUAUAAAUAUAUGUAUAUCAACUAUUAUAUUAUACGACUAUAUAUAUACGAUGAACAUUGUCUAUUGAAAUUUUAUUGAUGUACUUUAAUAAAAGGAGAAAUCAAUUACAAAGCAAACAAGCAUAAAGCUGAAUGUUGUUAGAACACUUUUGUAUAUUUAAUUUACACCAUCAUUGAAAUUAUUGUUUACCAAACAAAAAUAUGAUAAAGAAAAUACACUUUGUGGUAAAAUCCAUAUCCCGCUGACUGCAAUUUUCCGAUGAAAAUUGUCAAAACCGUUUCCUGCGAUAUAUAUCAGUAUAUACGCAAAUAUACCUUUUAAUAAAUGUUAUAUCAUGAAUGUAAAUAAAAGAGCAGGAAUAAUUAAUGAAAAGCAAACAUAUUUUACUCGAUCUAUGCUACAAAUAAAUAACUCAGAUGGAGUAAAAAUCAAA